GAUGGUUGCAUCCACCAGCACAACAAAGAGGUACAGGAUAGCAAUGAACACUUCGCACAAAUACUUCACAUGAUCUACAACGGCAGCUAUGGAAGAGAGAUGCUGAUGACUAUUGGCACAGUGUUCACAUGGUUUGAUGGCACAUCUUUAAACUUCGAUAACAAGACUAUUGAAAACCUUAUAUAUGCCUUCACCGAGUGUCAGCAGUGGCUGUUCCGCGGGAAAACCUUCGAGCCAACAACCACCGGACGCUUCAAUACGCGAGGAAACGUUGUCACAAAGUGGGCUACAAGAGGAGGAAUAGAAACCGUGGCUAAGAUCCUCCAAAAACUGCAGUUGGGUAAAGCAAACUAUAACAAGGAAAUACUGAAGAACGCUCUCCACCGCUACGCUAAGGUGACGCCUGACCCAGCGUAUGCCCUAGUCGGCAACAAAUACUUUUUCAACUCUGAUCUGACGGUGCACCAACGACGGGAGUUCAUGGCAAGUGUGAGAGUGCUUUCCCUGAGGACCACCCGUCAGGAAUCGUGGGAGAACCUGAACUCUCAGGGUUACUUUCAGGGUGACGGAUUCCUGACGGUAUUGGUUGAUUCACUGGAGUACGGCAAACCCGAAGCUGAGGUGUUCCAAGUAUAUGACUGGGCCCGAGUCCCUGGUGUUACCAACCUUUAUGCUAAAAACAUAAUGGAACUUGAGAAUCAAAGUGGACUGUCAACAUGGAGGUACUUUUACAACAAUGCAAGCUUUGUGGGCGGAGUGACUGACGGGAUGAUAGGCUUGACCAGCAUGGUGUACAAUCGCCCAUCUGUUCAACUUAAGGCUCAGAAAUCCUGGUUCUUUUUCGAUGACGUCAUCCUCGUCGUGGGCUCAGAGAUCACACUUCCUGACGACGGAAAAACUGGCGAAAGCGUCAUAACCACCCUGGCUCAGGUAUGCUACGAGGGUUCUAACGUGAUUCAGCUUGAAAAUGGUCAAGAGAUCACCCAGAACCAAGAUAGUGAAGACUUGACACUCGACCAUCCAAGGUGGCUGCACCACCGCCAGAUUGGAUAUGUUUUCCUGAACGGCGACGAACGGCUCACUGUUAAGUCACACACAGAUAGCUCCAAGGACAUCAAUGUGUUCACUGCCUACCUUGACCAUGGUCCAUUGCCCAAGGAUGUCAGUCUGACGUACGCCGUGCUGCCCGCCGCUGACCUGGACAAGACUCGUCGCUUUAGUGAGAAUCCAGACGUUGAAGUUCUCUCCCAGACAGCAAGCCUGCACGCUGCCUGCCACCAUCCUUCCAAGACCCUGGGUGCCGCGCUGUUUGAGGCAGGGGAUGUGACCGCUGCGUGUGGCGGUGCGGAACUCGUGACUCUCUCCGUGGAUCUGCCCUGCCUCGCCCUCCUUACCAUCGGCAGCUCUGAGAUCAGUGUCACAGUGGCAGAUCCCCAGCAGAAGUACAAAACUCUCACUGUGACGGUGACGCGCGGAGAGAGUCAGAUUCAGCAGUUGGUGGAGCUCCCCAUGUUCCCCAGGCGUGGCUCCAGCAUGACCUUUGUUGUGAUGGUGUAAUAUAAUGAAAGCAGCAUAAAAGUACCACAGUACCACAAUCAUUAUUCAGGAUCUACCACUUUGCCCUCAGCUAGCCAUGGUACCGUGUACUGCCACCACCACAACAAAGAUCAUGUACACAAUAAUCUCGCCUUUUUGAAACACCGUCGCAUUGCACGCAACGUGGUAUAGAAUCUUAAAAAGCGGGAAAAUUAUGAGAAUGCAACAAUAGUACUGAAAAAACUUCCACUAUUGUUUUAUUUAAUGUUAUAUCUUUGCUUAAAUAUGUCAGAAGCAACGAGGGACAAAAUAUAAUAGUAUCUCAUGA